GACGGCACUCAUCAUGACACAACGCUUGACGAUGCCGCUAUGGCUGAAGCCCACGAGCCACAGCACCUAGAGAUGAACGCUCUUGAGGUUGAUACGAUCUGGGAGCGUGACUCAGCUUUGGGUAGUAUGAGUAUACAGUAUGUGGUGGCUACUUCCUUUUUGGGUCACCCCCAACAUGUACAUGAGUCGCAUAUUUUGAGCGGAAGGAGAUGACCAUGACAUCUGCAAGAUGCUGAUGCAAAUCCCUAGCUCGUCGACAAGGAGCGUAACUAGCAGCAUCUACGACCACGUGGUGGAGAACGGCAGGACGUAUCACCGCUACAAGGAGGGCAAAUAUAUGCUGCCAAAUGACGAGGUGGAACAAGAGAGGCUUGACUUCCAGCACAGGAUAUAUACACUUGCCAACGACGGGAAGCUCUUCAAUGCUCCGAUAGACGAAAGGUGUCACAAUGUCUUGGAUGUGGCUUGUGGAACGGGCAUCUGGGCGAUCGAGUUUGGCCAACAGAACCCUGGCACAAAUGUUUUGGGCAUUGACCUGUCCCCCAUCCAGCCCCCAUACGUGCCUCCCAACGUAUCCUUUGAAAUCUUUGACGCCGAGGACGAGUGGUGCUUUCCGCAGAAAUUCGACUUUAUACACAUCCGUGCCGUCGUGACCUGCUUCAAGGACCCACGUGCGGUCUUCGCGGAGGCGAUCCGCUCGCUCGCCCCCGGGGGUUGGAUCGAGCUCCGGGACCCUAUCAUGCCCUUCCAGUUCCUCACGCCUCCUCCCAAAGACUGUGCUCUCAAGGAGUGGGCAGACAAUCUGAUCAAGGCCGCGGCCAUGAUAGGGCGGCGCUGGACAAACUCGGUAUACUACACGCAGUGGCUGCAGGAGCUAGGCUGCGUCAACAUUGUCGAGAAGCGCGAGGCCGUGGGGCUGAAUCCCUGGCCCAAGGGUGCCCGGAACAAGGAGAUGGCGCUGCUGCUGCAGACGGACAUGGUCAACGGCCUCGAGAGCAUGAGCAUGGCGCUGUUCACGCGCGUCUUGGGCUGGGAGGCCGACAAGGUGCGCGAGCUGCUCGUGCGGGUCGAGGCGGACAUGAAGAAUCCCAAGAUUCACUCGUAUUCCGAAGGCGUGCAUGUCCACGCACAGAAGCCGUACGAGUAAUCCGAGCCAAGCAAGUACAGAUGGAUAUAUAUCCACGUCCAAGAAAACCCCCGCCCCUGGGGCAUCGGCAUGACGCUCUGUUUGCAGAUAGACCUUUGUUCUGCGGGUCAAGUGAGGCGGGUUGCAAGAAUGCGCAGUGGUCGCAGAUAGGCUUUUGUCACAGACACGUGUUCGAGGCAUACU